CAUCAAUCAUGGAACUUAUAAGUGGCAAACAUUCAGGAUUCUCCAUCUGGACCCACACAACUCUGAGCCGCGGUCCACACACUCACAGGUGACACACGGACCCCAUUUUCCGGUCACCUUUACUCGUUGGUCCGGAGAAUCAUCUGGGUCCUCUUCACUUGGUUCCAUCAACAAGGAUUUUAUAAGGUUUUACUUAACGAUUUGACACUCUCAUUAUUGUUGUCAGCUUCAGCUCUUCCCUCUCCUACCCUUUGUUUGGACUUUGGAUUCGGAUCCUACCAAACGCUAACGAUUGGUUAUCGAGGAGUAAAAGUUACAGUUGAGAAGCUUGGAGAUGUCUGGACUCACGGUGGAUUUGUCUCGUAAUGAGAACUUAAGGAAUGUUGAUAGCCAUUGUACUGUGGCUGGAGCUGGAAUGGAAGAAUUGGAUUUCUCCAAGUUAUUGGAGAGAGAGAGACCAAGGCCUUUGAAUAUGGACAGGCAGAGAUCAUAUGAUGAAAGGUCUAUUUAUGAACUGUCAAUUAGGGUGUCUCCUCGCCUCACGUCUAGAGCUGAAAACACUUCUCGACUUAUUGACCAUUUGGAUUCUUUAUACUCGCCUGGUAGGAGGUCAGGCUUUAAUACCCCAAGGUCAAAUUCUGAAUUUGGGACGCAUCCGAUUGUGGCAGAAGCUUGGGAAGCUUUAAGGCGCUCACUGAUUUAUUUUCGCGGCCAACCAGUUGGGACCAUUGCUGCAUUGGAUAAUUCUGAAGAAAAGAUUAACUAUGAUCAGGUGUUUGUGAGAGACUUUAUCCCAAGCGCAUUAGCUUUUUUGAUGAAUGGAGAACCUGAAAUAGUAAAAAAUUUCAUUUUGAAGACUCUUCGCCUUCAGUCAUGGGAGAAAAAGAUUGACAGGUUCCAACUUGGAGAAGGAGUAAUGCCUGCUAGUUUUAAAGUUCUCCACGAUCCAGUGAGAAAUAAUGAAACUUUGAUAGCAGAUUUUGGUGAGAGUGCAAUCGGAAGAGUGGCUCCUGUUGACUCUGGAUUUUGGUGGAUUAUAUUGCUCCGGGCAUACACAAAGUCUACUGGUGAUAUAUCAUUGGCUGAAAUGCCAGAAUGUCAAAAGGGUAUGCGCCUAAUUUUGAGUUUAUGUCUUUCAGAGGGAUUUGACACAUUCCCAACUCUUCUUUGUGCUGAUGGAUGCUGCAUGAUAGAUCGUAGAAUGGGUGUUUAUGGGUAUCCAAUGGAAAUUCAAGCACUUUUUUUCAUGGCUUUAAGAUGUGCUAUGCUUCUACUGAAGCAAGACGAAGAGGGUAAAGAGUUCGUAGAACGAAUCGUCAAACGUCUUCAUGCCUUAAGCUUUCACAUGAGGAGUUACUACUGGAUUGACUUGAAGCAGCUCAAUGAUAUAUAUCGCUAUAAAACGGAGGAAUACUCUCACACUGCAGUUAACAAAUUUAAUGUAAUACCUGAUUCUCUUCCAGAAUGGAUUUUUGAUUUCAUGCCGACUCGUGGAGGUUACUUUAUAGGGAAUGUUAGUCCUGCGAGAAUGGAUUUCCGUUGGUUUUCCCUAGGUAAUUGUGUUGCAAUUCUCUCAUCUUUGGCAACCCCUGAACAGUCCAUGGCAAUCAUGGAACUUAUAGAAUCACGGUGGGAGGAGUUGAUCGGAGAAAUGCCACUAAAGGUAUGCUACCCAGCCAUAGAGAGCCAUGAAUGGCGGAUUAUAACUGGAUGUGACCCCAAAAACACUAGAUGGAGUUACCACAAUGGAGGAUCCUGGCCGGUGCUUUUGUGGCUUCUAACAGCCGCCUGUAUCAAGACUGGACGUCCACAAAUUGCAAGGCGAGCCAUUGAGCUUGCAGAAAGUAGACUUCUGAAAGACAAUUGGCCUGAAUAUUAUGAUGGGACGCUCGGAAGAUACAUUGGAAAGCAGGCGAGGAAGUUCCAGACCUGGUCUAUUGCAGGUUACUUGGUGGCAAAAAUGAUGCUGGAAGACCCCUCCCAUUUGGGUAUGGUGGCACUUGAGGAGGACAAACAAAUGAAGCCCCUACUGAAAAGAUCAAAUUCAUGGACAUUCUGAUGCUAUUUGUCUAGGACUUGUACAUGAAUCUACCUAUUGUUGUUUAAAUUUUAGUUCCAGUUCCCAAACUUUAGGUGCUGGAAGCUGACCAAAUUGUUAAUUCCUUUUGCGUAUAAAUCUGUUCAAUGCAAAGAGUAAAUUAAAUUCUU